AUGGAAAUACAUAAUAAGAGCGUAUUUUAUAAAAAAAUAUAUACAUGUAUUGAAGAAUGCCUUCCAAAUUAUAUGAUAGAAAACAGUGUCCAAUUUGAAUCAACUGUUGAAGUAUUUUAUGGCAAUAGUGGAUUUAGAGAUAAAUAUAAAAAUAAUAGAUGCAAUUUGAUUAAUGUUUUAAAUAAGAGUGGAAUAAUAUUAGGAUUACUAUUUAUUAAGUAUAAUUAUGAGUUAGCAAAAAAAUACAACCUUCUUGAAUCUGAAUCUGACAUAGAUAGCAUUAUUGAAAUUGUAAAUAAAAAUAAAAUUAAAUGGACAAAUGUAGGAAUUGUUAUUACUGCAUCUCAUAAUCCAGCUGAUGAAAAUGGAAUAAAAAUUGUUGAUAAAAAUGGAAGACAGAUAAAUGAAAUAUAUGAAAAAUAUUUAUCUGAACUUUCUAAUAAACAUUUAAAAUAUAUAAAAGAAAAUAAAAAUAAUAAUUGUAAAAUUGAAAACGUUAUUAAUAAUAUAAUUGAUAUGAUUGUUCAAAUAUUUUUAAAAGAAAUUCAAAUUAAUCUUUAUGAUAAUAAGAUAUAUAAUCAAAUAAAAAAACUAGAUAAUAUUAUAUAUUACUCGAAUAUAUAUAAUCAAAUAUUUAAAGCAAACAUAUGUAUAGGUUUUGAUACACGUAAUAGUGGACCACACUUAAAUAAUAUUAUUAUAAAUUCAUUAAACUCUUUAAAUAUUUCACGAUGUAUAAAUAAUAUGUGUUAUAUAACAACCCCAUCUAUGCAUUCCCUUGUCUAUAUUUUUAAUUCCGAAUUUGAAAAUAAUUUUAUCCAAAAUAUUAUUUCUCAACUAGCGAAAAAUCAAGUUUGCAAAAUGAAAACAGAUCUAAACUAUCUUACUUCAUAUAAUUUAAAAGAAUUAAAAAAUGUUCAGGAUCUUUAUUUUGAUUUAUCUGAAAAAUACAACAUCAAAGUUGAUGAUAAAAAGGAUAGAAAUAAUUCAAACAUUUUAGCUUACAAUAGUGAUAAGAUUUAUUUUGAUUAUUUUAUUUAUUUAUUUAAGGAUUUGUAUAAUUAUAUAAACAAUAUUUAUGACAACAUUUUAAUCAAAAAUUGUAAAGAAGAAAUUAUAUUUACUGAUUGUUCAAAUGGUAUUGCUAGUUUAAAAAUAGACAUGUUUAAUGAUGUAUUUACAGUUUUAAAAAAAAAAAUAUAUAAAUUUAAUUGUUUACAAAAUGAUAAUUCUAUUCUAAAUUUUGAAUGUGGUGCAGAAUAUGUUUAUAAUAAAAGAAAAGUUCCAUCAAAUAUGCCAAUCAAUUAUUGUAAUAAUUCAAAGUGCUGUACAUUUGAUGGAGAUGCAGAUAGAAUAAUUUAUUUUUUUAUUAAGCAUGAUAGUUUAGAAAAUGAAAUUGAAAUUUUAGAUGGACCUAAAAUAGUCUGUUUAUUGUUUAAAUGUAUAAUAAAAAUAUUAUCUAAUAUUUGUAUAAAAAUAGAAAAACAAAAUGAAAAAAUGAAAAAAAUCGAUAUAAAUAUUAUACACACUGCAUAUGUAAAUUUUUCCUUUAUACAUUAUAUAAAUAAUGUAAUAAAAAAUAUAAGUACAGAAAUCCCUAUUUUUAAUUAUAUUAAUAUUAAUAUAAUAUGCACAAAAACUGGUAUGAAAAAUCUUGAUAAUAUAGCUCGAAAAUCUUCUAUAGGUAUAUUAUUUGAAUCGAAUGGGCAUGGUUCUAUAUAUGCUGAUUCAUCUAAUUUAGAUGCAUGGGCAAAACAAUUUGAUAUUCAAAAAGAUCCAUAUUUUAUUGCAUUAAAAAAAUAUUUACUUUUUUUUAAUCAAACAACUGGAGAUGCUAUAGUUGAUUUUAUAGCUAUUGAAUUAUCUUUAAGUUUUCUAAAUUUAAGCAUAAAUGAAUGGAAUCUAUUUUAUACUCCUAUUCCUUCAUUAUAUAUAAAUAUAGAAUGUCCUAGAUCCAUAUUAAACAAAAUUAUACCACAUCCAGAACAUGAAUUAUACUUGAUAGAACCCAAAUCUGUGCAAAAUAAAAUCGAAGAAAUUGUAAAAGAAAUAGAUGUAAAAUAUGGAAGAUGUUUUAUUAGACCAUCAGGAACUGAAAAUUUAAUUCGAAUAUAUGCAGAAGCAGAAACGAUAAAACAAAUGAAUGAAAUCCUUCAUAAAGUUAAAGAAGCGGUAGUUGACUAUAUUAAUCAUAGCUAA